UAUCUAAGUGAGCCGCGAGAGGAAAAAAACGGAUUGCGGCAGCGAAUUGCCACUGCACCGUAAUACAUUACAAUACAAAAUAAAAGCGAAAUGGAAGAGCAAUUUUCCGUAAAAAAUAAACUAAAUAAAAUUACCCCUGGGCCCUAUCAGAAAUCCCGUGAUUAUAAAUUUUAAAUUAUGCUGACAUGAGCGUAGAUGUUCUACGUUGAACCCAUCAAUAAUUAAUCAUACCCAUUUGACACGAAUGGUACUGAUAUGUAAAACAAGGCACUCAUAAAGCGCUGUGCAAUCAUCGUGAAGUUAUACCGAAUCAUGACCUCACCCAGUAAGUUGCGCGUCUUGGCGCGAGAAUUCUGCUCCGAAAAUUUUGUGUUUGCCGUUCGUUACUUAGCUGAUCGACGGUUGACUCGAAUUGAGAAACUAUGGUGGACAGUAUGGGUAUUAGCAACUCUCGUAACAAGUUGCUACUAUGCCGCGUCUUCGAUUAAAGCAGCAAACGACAACCCAAUGGUUACAGUGUACGCCUCCCGAUUCCUGCCCGUUUCAACAGUUCCUUUUCCGGCUAUCACCAUUUGCCCGUUGUCCAAAACUCACACGAAACUUUUUAAUUUGACGCGAGUCUUGGAGCAAGUUAAGGAUAACAAAACUCUGGAUCACGACAGCGAACUCAAACUUCGAACUUUGGCACACGUCUGUCCCAUGUCAGCGCUUUGGAAACAGUUCGAAAAAUCCAAGCACGAAAAACCUUUCGAAACUUUAAAACAACUAACAAACUUGUUCCAUAAUAUGGCCUCUUUAUGUAGGUGGAAAUCAAGAUUUGUUCCAUGCUACAGAUUGCUGGGAGAAUCCUUAGUAGCCGACGGACUUUGUUACGUAUUCAAUUCAUUGGCAGCAAACGAAACCUAUCGAACUGACCAAAUUGCUCCAGAUUUCCUGAACCUUCGCAAUUCGGCAACUACAUCCGCCUGGACGCGGGAAAAGGGCUACAGACGAACAGCAGGACUCAAAGCAUAUCCUUAUCGUCCGCUUAGCUCCGGGAUGGACUCCGGAGUUAUGAUAUUGCUUUCGCUUAACAAAAUAGACCAAGAUUUCGCGUGCAGAGGACCUUACACGGGGUACAAAAUUUCCAUCCACGCUCCAGAUGAGUUUCCAAUGUCGGAGGACAAAUUUUUGCUUAUGAAUCCAAGGCACGCGCUUACCUUGAAUUUAAAACCGAAAGUUUUAUGGACAUCACGUAGCUUGCGAUAUCUCCCACCAGAAAAACGCAAAUGUUUCUUCAACGAGGAACGUUCGCUGAGAUACUUUCGAAAUUACAACCGAUACAAUUGCGCGGCCGAAUGCAUUUCUAACUACACUUUUGAAAAAUGUGGUUGCGUACGAUUCACGAUGCCUCGUUCGGCCGAUAUGAAGAUUUGCGACGCCAGCCAGAUUGAAUGCUAUCGGAAUGCUAGCACGACGUUAAACGAUGAGAUCAAACGGCACGAGAUAAAACACGGCGAACAAAAUGGCUGUCGUUGCUAUCAAGCGUGCAAUGAAUUUAAAUAUGCCGUGGAAAUCUCUCAAUUUCCAUUCUUUUUCGAGAAUUAUUCACGAGCUGCCGGGUUUUCCACGGAGGACUACUCAACAAUUGAUCCAACCGUUAUGUUCGUCUCUUUCAAAUUGCGUCACUAUCUGCCGUUGUGGAGACGCAAGUUUUUUGGCACAACCGACGCGAUCGCCAAAUUUGGAGGACUAUUCGCACUUCUAAUGGGAUCCAGUGUGAUGAGUUUGGGAGAAAUUUUGUACUAUUGCUGGGUGCGACCACUGCGACGAGAGCGAACUGCCAAGCAGAAGAAACGGGAACAAUCAGUUCGCCUGGUCCUACCAUGGAUUCCCCCGAACAAACACGUAUUUGUUGCUCGACGUUGGGUAUAGGGGUGCUGAAGUUCAGUCUUAAUUUUAAAGCAUUUUGAUCAAUUGCUGUGUCCUUUCUGUUGAAGAAUUUUGCAGUAGAAUUUACG